AUGAUACUGUGUGUUACCCUGAAGAGUAAACGCCCUUUAGGGCGGGAGUGUUACGUUCUGAGGAAAAGAUAUGACUGGCGGUGCGAAGCAGAAAACGCUUUCGUAAAUAGUACCCUUAAAGGGUACCUUAGGGUGACCCCACCGCGCCUUGCCCAAAAUCGCAAAAAGCAGACAGUUGUCCUCCGGUAAUUGGAUCUACUAUCUUUUAAUCAAGCCGCGCUUUGGGGGAGGUGGUGAUUCAGAGAUGAACCCCACCGCGCCUGUAACACGAUACAUCUAUUCAUAUUCAGGGUCACCCCAAUUAGGCUACAAGUAUGUCGUAGAAAUACAUUUGGCGCAAAGAAGCAA